CCUUACAUGGAAGCUCGCCUCACUGCUCUUGAGGAGAUAGUGGACGAGCUGCAGGAAGAGGUAAGGUAUCUCAGGGGUGAAUUGCAGCGUCUUCGUCGAGCACGACGUGGGGACGACAGCAGAGCUUCUCCUGAGCCGAGUGAGCAUUCGGCGGCGGGCAGCAGAGGUGGCUACGGGGACUCUCGAGAUUCCCGCACUCCCCCUCGCAGCGAAUCCGGCGACGGCUCUUUCUCAGUGGUCAGGGGCUUCAACGAAGCGGCGUCUCGAUCACGGAGUGGAGCGGCAUCUCCCACUACUUCGGUGGGAUCUACAUCGACUUCCAGGUGCACUUUGUCUUGGCUGGAGCGCGAAGCUGUUUGUGAUCGAAUCGCUGAGCACAUCUCCAGGUGCAUCAACGGUGAGCAUCGCGGCAUUUCAGGCAGAGAAGACAUCCCAUUGUCCAGUCGGGUCUGGGUAGUUUUCAAAACCUUUGAGGGCGAGGAGCUGGACCCAGUUCGCGUUUGCCGGACUCUGGCCGCUCUCAGGGCCAUUGUGAAGAGAGGAGAAGAUUGUGGCGAGUCUGUGUUCAUCGGGCCGCCCUCUGAUCCUGGCCUGCUUAGGCCAAUCAUGGACACUAUGGAUGGGAUCCCUGACGAAAUUGGCAAGCUACAUUUUGUUGUGGAAGCGUCAGGGGAGGCAGAUCCAGAAUUUGUGCUAUGCUUGUACACCACUCCGAUGGGGGUGAAAAUUCAGUGCAUACUUGCUGCAGAAGUGGACGGUCGGGCUCUGGUUGCUUUUCCUCACCAAGUUUGGCACAGGACGAUUGCGCGGAGAGCGCUUCCGCCCGGUGUUCUUUCCAAGCCUACUCUUGUGGAGUUGGCGAGCACCACUGCGGCGGACCGGCUCGAGAUGGUGGAGGACAAGUACAUCAAGGUCUGGAUGGGCUACCUGUCUGCCGAGGUCUAUGCGGAGCUUCGAAUCAUGGAGGAGGACGAGGCCUGCGACUAUGUCUUCAAGCUCGACGGCGAAGCUGGUUUUCUACCCGCUGCUGCCUCGAUUGCGGAAGCGCUCACCGAGCACUUCUCCUUCUUGAGUGCAGAGAGCGGUGCUUUGGGCGACGGCCGCGGCGGUGGUGGAUCAGCCGAGCUUCAUACAAGAGUCGCCCAGUUGGAAGAUGUUCUAGCUGGCCUUGCCGAAAAUGUGAAGAUUCUGGUGGAAGAGAAGAUGGUAGCUGGAAAGCCGGCUCACAAGACAAAGCAGAAAGUGAGCAUCGCCCCAGGUCCGCCUCUGGUGAUGCCUUCUUCAGCUACGACUUCCAGGUUUCAGGGCAUGGAUCAGUCGGUCGUGGCCGCAGCGCUUGGUGCUGGGAUCUCCGAGGAGAGCUUGAGAGAAAUGCAGAAGCUGCUUGCCGUGGACCCUGCUGGUGCACGCCGCUUGAGAGAGCCUGCUUUGCGUCAAACUGGCGCAAAGCCCAAGGCGAGAAGCUCUGCUGCUGCUGUGCUUUCAGAGUCAGAUGGCGAGGAGGACACAGGCGAAUCUGGCUCUCCUGCCAGGCAAGAGGAACCUUCAGUUGCUUUGGCGCUGGACAAGUUGACGGAGAUCAUGAAGCAGCUGUCUGCCGACAAGCUGAAGAAGGCCAGUGCUUCGAAAAUAGACCAAGCCCUGGAUUCGGCUGGAGGCGGGACGAGCUCAGAUGCGGCUGGCAUCCCAGGGCUGAAGAGAGCUUCAGCUGCGAGAAGAGCCUUGCGCGCAGCCUUGGUGGAGACGCCGGAGGAGGUGUCGAAUGUGGUCGAGAAGCUGCUGAUGGAAGACAUGCUGAGCCAGACUCAAGUGCCGGGGAUGCCUACUCCGGCGCAACAUCUGAGCGCCCGCGCUUGGUUGGAACACCGCUCACGAGUGGGAGCCUACAAAGCUACGGCUCACUGCGCCUGGGCGGCUUGUGGCAUAUGGGACGACUUGAUGCAGGGACGUGUAGCCCAUGCCAGGGCCAAGGCAGCGCUUUUGGUGCUGCAGAUAGAUCAGUGCUCAGUCGACAGGGGAAGCUGGACCCUUGCAUCGGAGCUGAGCUUGGAGCCAGGGCCCCCUUUUGCGUCUUUGAGCGCACAUGUGGCCCCAAAUGUUUCGGACGGAGAGAGCCCGUUCUCGAAACUGUUGGACCCUCGGUGGUCAGAAGUGAUGUUAGCCCAUCUCAAGGAGGCGGAGGACUAUGUGACGAAGAGGAGAGGUCUUGGGAAAAAGGCUGGAGACGACCCCAACAUGGAUGGGCUUGAGAGAAGGGUGGAUGAAGACACGAAGAAGGUCAUCGUCCCUGGAUUGCGAGCUCCUACAGUGAAGGUUCCUUUUUUGGUGAAUUCAUUGAUCAAGCACUUGCUUAGGCAUUGCAGCAAGCUGAGAUCUUUUGUGCAUAGCUUCCUCAGCAAUGAGCCUUGCCCUCUUGAUGAGUGCACUACGCUGGGACCUCUCUGGCCGAUGCCCUUGCCCUAUCCAGAAGUGUUUAGAGCGGGGGGUGCAGCUGGCUCAAUGUGGCGCAAGCGGAGGACUGUUUUGGUGAUUUUGGCCUUCAACUGGCUUUACCUCGGCAAGCCCCCAGCUUGUCCAAGCUGCCUUUGGCUGGGCCGGAAACUUUCGGGCCGGCAGUGGGCAAGAGUUCGCCUACUUGAGAGCCUCAGCGAGGAUGGGAAUUCAAUUUUUGAGGUCACAGCUGGCGAGAUGGCGCGAGCUGCAGCGAAGUCUGAAAGCGCCUCCGAUCAACUGGACGCGCUUCAUCGGGCCUUUGCCUCUGUGACCGCUGCUGGACUGGGUACAGGCAGCUAUGACUGUAGAGCUGCGAACGUGACGAAGUUUUUUGACGAGGGGGCUUCCUUUGGGGCCGAGUUCGGCGAUUUUGUUGAUGAGAGUGAUGCUGUCCCUUUCACUACUGCCAAGCCGAUCCAGGCCUCCCGUAUUUCUUUUGUUGGCCGACCUGCUUUUGAUCCCUUGCCUUUUUUUGAUGAGGAGACUGCCAAGGUCUAUCAGUUCCCCUUGCAGUGCAGGUUGGAUGAUUUGCGGUUGGAGCCCCCGCGUGUCUCUGUGCAUGCAUGCGCUGAUGAGCGAAACCUGCUUUUUCGCGCUAUGGCUGACACUGGCAGGCUUGGCUUUGUUGACCCUUCUGCUGUUGACCGAGGGCUAUAUGCGGGGCUCUUCGGCGUCCCGAAGGACUUGGAUAGGGAUCGAUUGAUCCUUGACAGCAGACCUGCAAACUGUGCUGAGCGUGUGCUCACCACGUGGACCAAAACUAUGGCAAGUGCUACAUGCCUCGGCGGCAUUGAGCUCGCUGAUGGGCAGAUUUUGGUCAUGUCUGGACGCGACAUCCGAGACUUCUUUUACCAGUUCCUGGUGAGUGAGGAGCGAUGCCGGAGGAAUGUUUUGUGCCCCUACCUUGAGAAGGAAGACCUGGAGUUCAUAUUCCGACGGAGCUUCUCCUCUGGUGGCUAUGUAGGUCUGAACACCUUGGCUAUGGGGGACACCAACUCAUGUGAGUUUGCGCAAGGCGCGCGUAUGCGCCUGGUCUUGUCCUGCGGUGGUGCUCAGCCCCAUGAGUUGCUGCAGCUGAAGCAACCUGUCCCUCGUGGGCUCCUCUCUGUUGGGAUCGUGAUUGACGAUCUUGUAUGCUUGGAGAAGGUGCUGGAAUCUUACUUUGAUGGUAACCCAGAGACCUCCUCUACUUGCAGCACUGAGCGGUUGGGCAAGAUCAUGGCGAAGUACGCCGAAGUUGGUCUGCCGGUGAAUGACAAGAAGUCCUUUGACAAUGCCACGCUUGGAAGUUUUUGGGGCGUCCAAGUUGAUGGCAAAAAGGGUACUGUCAGGCCUAAUGAAAGCAGGAUGUGGCCUCUCGUGUUGGUGACCUUGCGAGUUUGCUCUCUAGGCCUGGUCACCAUCGGCCUGCUGCGGUCAAUGGUGGGCUCCUAUGUCUCAAUUCUUUGCCUCCGCAGGCGGCUGAUGGCUGUGCUCAACUUUGUCUUUGAUGCGAUUGCCGCUUCUGAGAAUGACUCCCAGGUUUUACGGCUGUCCGGCAAGCUGACAGAUGAGCUGUUUUGUUUGAUACCGCUUAGUUUCUGCGCGGUGGUGAACUUACGCGCACAGACUCUGCCAACGUUGAGAGCCACUGACGCCUCGGACUGGGGCAUGGCCGCUGUUUCCUGUGAGUUGCCGCUGCCAGUAGCCAAAGAAGUACAAAGGCAUUCGCUUUCUCGGAGUGUUUGGUCAAAACUCCUCCCUCCUGCAAAAGCAUGGCUUAAGGCUAAACAGCUGCUGCUUCCUGAGGAUGAGCUGCCAGGUGGUGAAGUUUUUGAUGUGCACCCGUUUUGGGAAGUUUUGGCACGGUGCAUGCUGUACAAGGAGGAAUGGCGAAAGGCUCACCCCAGAGCUGUUCAUGUCAACAUUGGUGAGCUACGUGCCCACCUUUUAGAGGAAAGUAGGCUUGCUGUCAGACACACCAGCUGUAGAGUGGGCUACGCCCUUGACUCGCAGGUCGCCUUGGGUUGCCUCGUGAAAGGGCGCGGUUCGUCCAAAGCCCUCAAUGCUGAGCUGAGCAAGUCCAUACCAGUUUGCAUUGGCUCUGACCUCUACAGUGCGUAUGGGUUCUGGCCUUCUGGUUUGAACCGUGCUGAUGGACCUACUAGGGCCGCUGAGCCAGCAGAACCUGACCAGUCUUGUCCGCCGUGGUGGAACUCUUUGCUUGAGGGUGAACAUGCAGACUUUGACGCUUGGAUGAAUAAAGCCGAGCUGCUGAGGACGCCAGCUGCUGCCUUCCCUCCUGAGUGCCAGCCGCUGGAUUUACGCACCGGCCGGCGUGUGAGAACUGAGGCCUGGGCCGGACCGGGCGUGCCUGAUGAUGCCAGGCCUGCCGUGGCUGCAGAUUGCUGUCUGCUUUGUGAAGAAGCAGUGAGUAUUUUGCAAAGUUUUUCUGUGAAGCAAGUUUGGUGGCCCAAAGGGUCUCAGCGAAAGUUUUUAGUGGCUGGCGCUCUUGACCUUUAUACUGGGGUUGGUGCCGUGGCUCGUGCGCUGCUGCGUGGCGGCUGUCCUUGGGUCGUCACCUUUGAGAUCGGCCGUGGUGCAGACCAAGAUCUGCUUGACAAAGGGAAUCAGCAGAAGGUUUUGCGUCUCAUACAGCUUAAAGCCGUGAAGGUGUGCGGCUCAGCCUUGGUCUGCAGAAGUUUUUCAAGAGCCAUCACGCCGCCUGUGCGUUGUUCGCAGUUCCCCCGUGGCAAGCCUGAUGUUUCUUUUAGCAUGCGGGAAAAGCUGAUGGAGGGGAACCACAUGGCCGAUUUUCAGGCCGAGGUGCAUGAAGCGUGCGAGAUGGCUGAGCCCAUUGUUUUCUUUUGGUGCGAAAACCCAGACAGUUCUUUUUUGUGGAAGCAGCUGAAGUUCCAGAAGUUUGCCUCUCCUCACUCUCCCCAUGUUUUUAGAGCUGACUACUGUAGGUUUGGAGCGCCGUGGAGAAAGCGAACCAGAGUUGGCACCAACUUGCCCAAACUAUGCGGCCUUCGGAUGCUUUGCAAGUGCGUCGAGAAGACUCAUUUGAAGUUGCGGGGGCAGCAUCCAACCCUGCGGAUCCCUUGGACACUAGUGGCACAACCUUACCCUAGGGGCUUUGCGAAAGUGAUUGCCUCAGCUUGUUUAGAAGCUGCAGAGUGGAGUGGACCUUUUAGUCUCGCCGGCUGCGCGAAGUGCACCAACGACAGGAUUGGUGAAGCUGCAAACCCAGGACCUAGGAUGAACCGCAGUGUGCGAAACUUUUCACUUGAGCAAGCGCCCUUGCAGACCUUUGCCUCGCUGUCCUUGGGAGAAAAGCAAUGGGACAAGUUUCUGUCUUGGGCUGGAAACUAUGUUAGUGGAGACCUUGUUCAGCUUUUUCUUGCAGUGCCUCUCUUUCUUGCCCACGCCAUACGACGUUUUGGAGAUGCGGAGUUUGUGGCUGGUGGAUCCUUGCUCUACUACAGGCAUUUGGUGCUUGCAGCCCAGAGGAAGAUCCCUACGCUACGGCCUUUUGCUUCCAUCUGCUGGGACCUAGCUAGCCGUUGGGAGAAAGCUGAACCUACUAGACACCGAGCGCCUGUCCCUGAGUCUUUGGUUGAAGCGCUCGUGGCAGUGGCUUGGUUACAUGGAUGGAAGCGGUGGUGUGGCAUCACCUUGGUGAGCUUUUAUGGCAUUGCUAGAGUUGGCGAAGUCUUACGCUGCACUCGCGGUGAUCUGCUACUGCCUGAGGAUGUGAUGCAUGAGACGGCCGCUGCUUUUGUCCUGCUGAAGUCUUCAAAGACCAUGCACAGGGGGUUUGCAAAGUUGCAACACCUGAAAAUUUCCGUGCCCUAUGUUGUAAAGCUUUUAGGGCUUGUUUACUUGGGCGCGGCUCGGAGCGAGCCGCUUUUCCCUGGAAGUGCACAGAACUACAGGAGACGCUGGGAUUUUUUGCUGCGCUGUCUCCAGGUUGCCAAAGAGCUUCAGAUCACGCCUGGUGGUCUUCGAGGUGGCGGAGCUGUUUCUUUCUAUCGGCGAGGAGGUAACAUAACCGACUUGCUGUGGUCUAUGCGUUUGAGGCAUUUGAGCACCCUGGAGUCAUACUUGCAAGAAGUCGGAGCCAUAUCGCUCCUUACGGACCUGCCUCCUGAGUCACGACAUGCAGUGCGGUCUGCUGCCGCUUGCUUUCUGCACCUUUCCCACUGA